GGCAGACUACCAGCGGCCAGACACCUCACCGACACACGGCGAGAACAGUGACCGACAGACGCUCGAGCGGACGCGGGGAUGUGAGUGACUCAGCCGGGGGCGGAGGCAGAGCGUGCUGAGCGGCGGUCCUCGAGCAGACGCGUAAUCCAUUCAAUGACUACGGACAUCCGGCUCGAAGAUUUACAGCGAAUAACGUCGAGACGUCAAGCUUGGCUCGUUCGCUUUGAUUUACGAGCGGCGGGAUCGGGAUCCAUCGUCCGAAAAUGCCUCCCGCGCCGAGCCUGCAGUCCAGCGGGCUGACGCUGUCCGAGAUCAGCAUCGGUUCUUUUAAGAGGAGGAAGAGGAAAUCCAUCAUCGUCACAGUGAUGCUGCUCAUUGUGUCGGUGCUCAUCCUCGUCUUCGGCCUGGCAGCAACGACCAGGACGCAAAACAUCACAGUUGGGGGCUACUACCCGGGCCUCAUUCUGGGCUUUGGCUCUUUCCUGGGAAUCAUCGGCUCCCAUUUGAUCGAGAACAAGAGGCAGAUGCUUGUGGCUUCUAUUGUCUUCAUCAGCUUUGGAGUCGUGGCUGCAUUCUGCUGCGCUAUUGUAGAUGGAGUUUUUGCUGCCAGGCACAUUGACCUGAGGCCCUUGUAUGCAGGACGGUGCGACUACCUCUCCAGUGAGACUGCAUCUGAGCGAGAAGUGCCCUGCCAGACGUCGUCUCGCACGUCCUGCAACCUGCGCGUGAGAAGCAACACGUGUUACUGCUGCGACCUGUACAACUGUGGCAAAGAGCAUCCUCUCAUGGGACUUCAGAAUAGAGAUGGUUUGAAAAAAUUUAAGAAACCAUCCAUGAUUUGGAACCGUGUGGAAGUGGUAGGCGGAUACCACGAGUACACAGACGUGAAGAGCUGCCAAGACGUGGUGCACCUCUACCACCUGCUCUGGUCGGCCACCAUCCUCAACAUCGUGGCUCUCUUCCUGGGAAUCAUCACUGCUGCGGUGCUCGGGGGCUUUAAAGACAUGACCCCAGCUCAAACAUCAGAUAGUACAUCAGAACCGGAAGCCAUCACGGCGUCUGUCGACUCUGAUGCCCCACCGCGCACUAACUCCCACGUCAACUCCUACCGCAACUCUGCUCCCUGCCUGCCACCAUAUUCGGCCUAUGAUGCGCAGGGUUCCUAUAUGUUCGCCGACUCUUCCGGCUUGUCUGAUGACUCGCAAUCCGGAGCAAGUCACCUGUGGCCCACCUUGGUUCCUCCUCGCUACUCUCCACCUCACGAGCAUCCGGAUGACAAGCCACCACCGUACAGCCCCUAGAGGGCUCUAACAUCUCCACGUCUCUCGCCGGGAUCAAACUGUGGGACCUGAGAUGGAGGGAGACAACAUUGGAUACUAAACUUUUAAGUUGAAUGGAGCAAAAAGGUAGUCUGAACACUGCUUGCAUGCUUGGCCUGUACCGUUCAAGCCAAUCAAGGACGAGGCAACUUGUUUACAAUUGUUCUGCCUUAACGUAAACGGUCUUCCAACACUGCAGCAUUCUUUUCAGAUGUUUCCCGUGAAACGCAUUGCGAUGCUUUUAAUGCUUGUUUCUGUUCAACAAGCUGGUCCUUUCCUCAAGGUAAUGGUAGACAAUGACACCCGAAGUGUGUAACUAAGGCGCAGUCUACUUAGUAAAUUAGUAUUGGUGAUCAUUGCAGAAAAUCCUGCUUGAUGGAUUAAAUGUUUUAAAUGUUGUCUCAUCAGUUCCUGUUUUCCCUUUCUGGAGAAGCUUUUUUUUUUUUGCUAGCUGUGGGCUCACUUUUUUUAUUUAAACUACCAUCUCACUUGACCGUGAUGGGUGGUUUGAUGUGUACAGAAGUAAAGGUGGUUGUUUCCAAAAUAAAACUUAUUUAACCCUUU